AUGGUGAAACAAAAGGGAGGUGGAGCUCAUCCACCAGGUUCGGGUGAACUCACCAACGUGGAAUUCGAUUUGCAGGUCCAUAAGGAUGAAACUACUGCUAGGAUUAAUGCCCUGCAAGAGACUUUAAGUGGAUACCAAGACUCUCUCUCUUCAUUUCGAACUGAAAUGUUGGAGGAGCUGAGAUCUUUGAGGGAGCGACCUAGCCACCCCACUCCAGACCCAGAUCCAGAUCUACAAACGCUUAAGUUUGGUUCCCUUCCGCCAAACUCGGGCUCACCAGCUAUGAUGGCUAGACUAGAGUCUGCCUCCUCCACUAGAGGUGUCUCCUCGGCUACACACAUAGUGGCUGCAAGUGGUAGUAUUUCUCAACCCCAGCAUAGCCUGUCUCGAAGUUUAGCUCACAAUGAAGUGAUUCUUGGUUUUGCUAGUGAGUUUGAAAAUGAAAGGGCACCAGCAACCACUAGCAUGAAUAGCAGUAAUGCUUCAGGGAUAGUAACAUCAUCUAUCCACAGUGCUAACGUCACUCGAGGUGAACCUAGCUUGAGUAAAUCUCAACCCCAGGAGCAGCACAAUCAGACUCAUUAUUAUCAGCAUACUGGUUUUGGAACACAACCCUUUAACGCCUUUGGAGGUCCUUACUUCGGACAUGGAGGUGGUCAGAUGGGACCAGAACCCUUCACUAUGAGUUACUCAGGACCCUAUUCCCACUCUCCCGUUAACUUCCCCAACAUACCACCUCAGACAACUCUACCUUUCGCUGUUCCUUACUAUCAAGGUAUUCAAAACUCCACACCAGUAAACUCUCAAGCAUAUUUUUUCCCAGCUCAUGCUCAACCUACGUUUGCUACUACCACUACACACACUCCACUAUUCAAUAAUGCCUCAACGCCCCAACAGAACUUUGUGCCCUUACAACAAUACCCUAUGUACCCUCAGUUUCAACAUGUGCAACAUCAACAUUAUCCGGUCAAUGACCCUAAUUUGCCAACUAUGAAGCAAAUGAAGCUGGAAUUUAGUGUGUUUAGUGGUGGAGAUCCAGUUGAAUGGCUCAACAAGGUAGAUCAAUAUUUUGAUUUUUAUCAAAUCCCAGAGGACAGGAAAUUAGCUCUAGCCACCAUGCACUUAUCUGAUAGGGCUGCAGAUAGAUGGUACAUGUUCAAAACUGAGUUCCCAAACACUUGGAUGGGACUAUCUGACCUUCUCAUGAGGGAGUUUAGUGGGCAUAAUGUGGUGGAUUAUCAAGCAGCCUUAGCUAGGAUGUCUCAAGUGGGAUCUGUGGAACAAUAUAUGGACCAGUUUACAAAAUUAUCCAGAAGGGCCCCCGGAUUUUCUCAACAGGUGCUUCUCUCUUGUUUCAUAGGGGGAUUGAAGGAUACCAUCAGGGCGGAUGUUAAAGCUCAAAAGCCUAGGACUUUGUACGAGGCUUGUGAGCUAGCCAAGGUAUAUGAGGAAAGAGAACUGAAUCUUAGAAGCCACUCUAGAGGAAUGUUUGUGCACAAAGCUUCUCAGGCCACUCCUAGACUAGGGAACAUGCAUACUGGACCAGUUGGUCAAUUAAGAAAUCAUCCUCCUGCAGCACAAAAUAGACCCCCACCUCCUCCAGUUGCAGCCAACCCAGCUGGAGGGCACAGGAGGUUAACUCAAGCAGAAUAUCAGGAAAGAAGAGCCAGAAACCAAUGUUUCUUUUGUGAUGAAAUCUUUAGGCCUGGUCACAAUUGUAGGAGGGGUCAGGCUAUGAUGAUCAUGGAGGUUAUGCAGGAAGAAGUGGUUGUACAAGACCCUAAUAAUCUUAAUGAGGGUGAAGUGGUUCAACCACCCCUAGUGGAAGACAAUGAUGACCAAGAGCAGGAAUUGCAAUUACAAAUGCUGGGGGACCCUAACAACAGCACUAUGCAACUAAAGGGGUUAUGUCUUAAGAAGAAGGUGCACGUACUAGUGGAUUCUGGUGCCUCACAUAAUUUCAUACAUCCCACUUUGCUAAAAAACAUCCCUGCUGUUGUUAAGCACAUCAAACCACUUAGGGUCAGAUUAGCAAGUGGGGACAUAUUGCAAACUAGGAGACAGGUUACUAUACAAAUACAGCUACAAGGCUACAGUUGUAAAGCAGACUAUUAUGUGCUCCCUAUAUCAGGGUGUGAGGUGAUUUUAGGAGCUGCGUGGCUAAAAACUCUUGGGGAUAUAGUAUGGAAUUUUGAGCUCAUGAGGAUGAAAUUUAACAGUGAUGGGAAGCAACAUGUACUUCAAGGGGAGACCAAUACACAAGCAUCAGUAGUGAGCUGUAAAUCAAUGACUAGACUGCUAAGAAAAGAAAGAGAAGCAGUAUUGGUUCAACUCCAAGCUAUUCACCAAGACAAUCACAAACAGAGUGUGCAGCCAGAAAUUCAGGAUCUCGUUCACAAGUAUUCUGAAGUGUUUGAAAAUCCUACUCAUCUUCCUCCUGCUAGAUGGCAUGACCACAAAAUUGAAUUAUUUCCAAACACUGCUGCUAUCAAUGUCAGGCCAUACAGGUACCCUCACUCUCAGAAGGAAGAGAUAGAGAAAAUCAUCAAUGAAUUGCUAGACAAUGGAAUCAUAAGACCUAGUGUCAGUCCUUUCUCUUCUCCUGUAUUAUUGGUUAAGAAAAAAGAUGGCACAUGGAGAUUAUGUGUGGAUUAUAGAGCUUUGAAUGCUGCAACUGUGAAAGAUAAAUACCCCAUUCCUGUAGUAGAUGAGUUGUUGGAUGAAGUACAUGGAGCAACUAUAUUCACCAAGUUGGACUUAAGGUCAGGGUACCAUCAAAUAAGAAUGGAUGAGAGAGACAUUGGUAAAACAGCUUUCAGGACUCACUCUGGACAUUAUGAGUUUCUAGUGAUGCCAUUUGGUAUGACCAAUGCCCCAUCCACCUUCCAAUCAGUCAUGAAUGAAGUGUUAAGAGACUUCCUCAGAAAGUUUGCUUUAGUCUUCUUUGAUGACAUAUUAGUCUACAGCCAAACCUUGGAGGACCAUUUGAAGCAUUUAGAGUUGGUUUUUGAAAGAUUACAACAACACUCAUUGAAGGUCAAAGAAAGUAAGUGCAGUUUUGGGGUCCCAAAAGUUGAAUACCUGGGACAUGUGAUCAGUGCAGCAGGGGUAGCAGUGGAUCCCACCAAAAUUGAGUGCAUCCAACAAUGGCCACAACCAAAGACCUUGAAGGAAUUAAGGGGGUUCCUUGGACUAGCAGGUUAUUACAGAAAGUAUGUCAAGAGUUUUGGGAUUAUUGCUAAACCCUUGACUGAUAUGCUAAAAAAAGAUGGGUUUCAUUGGACUGAACCAGCUAUAGUUGCUUUUGAAAAAUUAAAGCAAGCCCUCAUCAGUACACCCGUCCUUGCAACUCCAGAUUUCUCAAAAGAAUUUGUAAUUGAAUGUGAUGCCUCAGAUUUGGGAAUUGGUGCUGUGUUGUCACAAGAUGGCCAUCCCAUUGCAUAUAUGAGUAAGGCUCUAGCUCAAAGGCAUUUGGCACUUUCAGUUUAUGACAAAGAGAUGUUAGCUGUGGUAGCUGCUGUUCAACAUUGGAGACCCUACAUUCUAGGGCAUCAUUUCAAAAUUCUCACAGAUCACAGGACCAUUGAACAUUUUUUGAAUCAAAAGAUCACUACACCAGCUCAGCAGAAAUGGCUUUUGAAGCUGUUAGGCUAUGAUUAUAGCAUACAAUACAAGGCAGGGAAGAAUAAUGCAGCCCCGGAUGCCCUUUCUAGGGGAGCUAGUCUAGCUUUACUGUCGGGAAUGUCCAAACCGAUUCAUGACUAUGUGGCUGAGAUACAAAAAUCUUGUGAAGCAGAUCCUGAAGUCCAGAACAUUGUGCUAGCACUGCAACAAGAUCCUACGAGUAAAAAAAAUUUCUCUUUGAACCACUCUCAACUAUUUUACAAGACUAGAAUGUUUGUGCCUUCAACUGAUGGGUGGAGGAGCAAAAUAAUAGCUGAGUUCCAUGAAGGGUUGCUGGGAGGUCAUGCAGGAAGGUCUAGGACACAUAAGAGAAUACUAAGGAGUUUUGCUUGGCCGGGUAUACACCAAGAUAUCAAAAGGUUUGUAUCUGCUUGUGAAGUUUGCCAAAGAAACCAUUAUGAGGCAAUCAAACCCCCUGGACUAUUACAACCUCUUUCCAUCCCUGACAAGGCUUGGAGCAGCAUAUCCAUGGAUUUUAUUGAUGCCCUGCCAAAAUCUGAAGGUAAAACUGCUAUUUGGGUAGUUGUUGAUAAACUAACCAAGUAUGCUCAUUUUAUUCCACUAUCUCAUCCUUAUACUGCAGCAUCAUUAGCCAAAGUCUUUGUACAGGAAGUAUUUAAAUUACAUGGCAUGCCUGAUAAUAUCAUAUCUGAUAGAGAUCCUAUAUUCUUGAGCACGUUUUGGGAGUCUUUCUUUAAGUUGCAGGGCACCAAGCUAAGCAAAUCAUCUGCCUACCAUCCUCAGUCUGAUGGUCAAACAGAGAAUUUAAACAGAACUCUGGAGCAAUAUUUAAGAUGUGUGACUGGUGAGAAACCGAAUCAAUGGGUCCAAGCUCUCCCAUGGGCAGAAUGGUGGUACAAUACUUCACAUCAUUCUGCCAUUGAAAUGACCCCCUUUGAGGCACUUUAUGGAUACCCUCCUCCAGCUAUCAGCCCCUAUCUACCAGGAUCCACAGCUGUGGCACAUGUGGACCAACAGCUAAGGGAUAGAGAUGAACUGUUACAACUACUCAAGAAAAACUUGAAGAAGGCUCAAGCCAGGAUGAAGGGGUUUUAUGAUAAAAAGCAUUCAGAAAGGACAUUUGAGAGUGGGGACUAUGUCUAUCUCAAACUACAGCCCUACAAGCAACACUCUUUGCAGAAGAACUCUUUUCACAAACUUUCAGCAAGGUAUUAUGGCCCCUUUCAAAUCAUUGAAAAGAUAGGCCCCGUAGCUUAUAAGUUGCAAUUACCUCCCACUGCUAAAAUACACAAUGUUUUUCACGUUUCUUUGCUAAAAAAGAAGUUGGGAAAUGCUGUGCAAGUUGCAACUCAAUUACCACACAUCUGUGACCCUACCAACAUCAAAUGGGAACCAGCUGCGGUUUUGGAAACCAGAAUGGUUAAAAGGAGAGGUUCUGCAGCUACACAAUGGUUAAUUCAUUGGGCUGAGUCUUUACCUGAAGAUGCCACAUGGGAAUACGCGGAUGACAUUAUGCACAGGUUCCCUCGUUUUGAUUCAGAUGCCUGAAACUUGAGGACAAGUUUCUUGUGAUGGUGGGAGUAAUGUUAUGAUUCUCCAUUGAAUAUUUCCCAUUAUUGCUAGGACUAUUGCUUUUUUGACUUAGUGGCCUUGCAUUCAUGUCGCACCAUUUUGUAAUUGUCAAUCAGGUAUCUUUUGU